AUGGCACCUAAGAUAUUCCUUACCGGCGCGACCGGGUACAUUGGAGGCGACACCCUCUUUGCGCUGUACGACAAGCACUCUGAUUAUGAGAUUGCGGCUCUUGUGCGAACAGAGGAAAAAGCAAAGACUGUCACCGAAGCUUUCCCCAAGGUGCGGAUCGUCAUCGGCGGUUUGGACGACUCCAAAACUCUGGAAGAAGAGGCAGCAAAGGCAGACGUAGUCAUUCACACCGCAGAUGCAUCCGACCAUGAAGGCGCCGCAAAGGCCAUCGCAAAGGGCCUUGCAUCCGGCCACUCGAAAGAAAAUCCCGGCUUCUGGCUCCACACUGGCGGCACCGGCAUCCUAUGCUGGGAAACGAUGCGUGACGACAACAAGCUAGGCGAAUGGUCAGAACGCGAGUACAACGACUGGACCGCCGUGCAAGACCUAACCGGCCUACCAAAAGACGCCUUCCACAAGAACGUCGACGACCUCGUACUUUCAGCCGGAUCCGAAUCAGUCAAAACAGCUAUCCUCUGCCCACCAACCAUCUACGGACGCGGAAGAGGCCCAUCAAACACCCGGAGUCGACAGGCGUACGAACUUGCGCACCUCAUCUUGACCGGCGAAUACAUCCCCAUCAUCGGCCAAGGAAAAGCACGCUGGAACAACGUUCACGUCUCUGACCUCGCUCAGCUCUUCGUCCUGCUCACCGAAGCCGCGGUGAACAACAACACCGAUGCUAAGCUCUGGAACGAACAGGGUUACUACCUCGUUGAGAACGGCGAGCAUCUUUGGGCUGAUCUUGCGCGUCUCAUGGGUAAGAAGGCGACGGAGUUGGGCCUUGUUAGCAAGAAAGAGUUGAAGGAGCAACAGCUUGGUAAGGACAAGGCGAUUGAGCAGGCGGGCUUCGAGGCUGUGAGUUGGGGGUUCAAUAGUAGGGGUAAGGCGGAGAGGGCGAAGAAGUUGGUGGGAUGGCAGCCGAAGGGACCGAGUAUUGAGGAUACGGUUGGGGAGAUAUUGAAGGAUGAGAAGGGGAGGUUGGAGAAGAAGUGA